GUCGUCUCCGUCCUGUGGAGCUAGCUCGUUGGCUCAUGGAGUUCGUCGCCUUGACCGUGACAGUGCCCGAAUACGUGCCCGACGAGCGGGGCUUCGAGGCUCACAGCCGCCGGCACAGCACUAGCGGGGCCUUCUUCGCCAGGUCACGGCCGGAGCAGAAUGCCGCUGCCGACGAUGCCGUGAGGGCUGCCGGCUGCUUCUCCGGCUUCGACCCGGCGUCAGACGAGGCCAUAGCUGCCCUGCGCGUGCCGGCGGCGGGCGAGAUGAGGGAGGACGGUUGCGCGGUGUGCCUCGAGGACUUCGAGGGUGGCGGCGACGACAAGCUCAGGGCCAUGCCCUGCUCUCACUGCUUCCACCAGCGCUGCAUCUUCCGGUGGCUAUCGGUCAGCCGGGUCUGCCCCUGCUGCCGCUUCCCGCUGCCGUCCGCCGACGAGCAGCGCCUCCUAGUCCUGGACGAGCAGGCGACGGGCCCCAACGCCCGAGCUGAAACCAACUGA